AUUGUGCAAAGUCUAUGUCUAAAUAUGAAUGUAUAUUCUGUGGUUCUGUAACAGAUAUCUGAGUGAAUGUCAAUUUUCUAUGAAACCAAGAACAAUAAUAACAUGUAAAUCAAUGUUUUCAAAAAUAGUUAAUAAGUGAACUAUUUGUUAAUUAAUCCAAUUUAACGUUUAUAGUAAUCAACAAAAUUAUGGUUCGUGUCAAUAAUUCUAAGGGUUGAUAAGCUAUAAAUGAAAAUUCAGUGUAUUCAAUAUGUUGUUCAAAUCCGAUAAAAAACCAAAAUAUAGAAUUGUAGAUAACACCGACGAGACGGAAAUAGUUGAUGUGGAACCAAUGAAAAGAAAAUUUUGUUCGCCAACAUGCUUGUGGUCGUAUCUUUUCACAGGAGCACUUAUUGGAAUUUAUUACAUUCCUUCCAUUGGUCUGACUUUUUAUCAAAAUUGGUUGUAUAAGAGUUUUAAGUUACCAUUGAUUACCGUUACCAUACAUAUGGUAGUGAAGUUUAUUUUGGCUGCAAUAAUCCGUUUCUUAUUUUUAAAGAAGAAAAACGAAAAUACUUGUUCAUGGAAAGAAUAUCUCUUGGCUAUGAUCCCUACGGGAGUAUUUAGUGGAAUAGAUAUUGGUUUUUCUAAUUGGGCAUUGGAACUAAUUACUAUUUCUCUAUAUACCAUGACCAAAUCUACAACGAUUGUUUUUAUUUUAAUAUUUUCCAUCCUUUUGAAGUUGGAGAAAAAGUCUUGGAGUCUUUGUGGUAUCGUACUGAUGAUAACAACAGGAUUAAUAUUAUUCACAUACAAAUCGACUCAGUUCAAUGUAAUUGGUUUCACACUGUUGUUAUUGGCUUCAAUUUCAAGUGGUAUACGAUGGACUUGUGUACAACUCCUUUUGCAAAAGGUGAAAAUGGGAAUGGAUAACCCAGUAGAUAUGAUAUAUCAUAUGCAACCCUGGAUGUUAGCAUCCGUAUUACCAUUUGCAAUUAUUAUUGAAGGACCAACCGCAAUAAAAAAUUGUAAUUCUUGGGGCUGUGACGACGUACAAGUAUUCUUUACUCAAUCUAUGAAAGUAUUAUUAGGUGCAUUUCUAGCUUUUUUCAUGGAAUUCAGUGAAGUUACGGUGGUCACAUAUACAUCUAGUUUAACUCUAGCUAUAGCGGGUAUAUUUAAGGAAAUAGUCCAGUUGGUAAUGGCCGUCCAUUAUAACAACGAUCAAUUAUCAUCAUUAAAUAUAGUUGGUCUAUCUUUAUGUUUGUGUGGCAUUUCAUUUCACGUGUUCCACAAAAUAAAAAAUCAACCAGUACGUUCUCAACAUCGUUUCUAUGAGAAGAAUUUGGAAGGUCACGGAAUCAACGAUUAUUUAAUCAAGCAAGAUUUAUAUGAAAAUCAUACUGAUAGUGAUGAUGAAAGAAGUGAUACUGAAAUACUUUUUGAUAUACUUAAUAGACGCGGAAGCAGAUAGUAAAAUGUGAAAUUAUUUUUAAUUUUUGCAAUUUAUUCUUAUUGUUAAAUAUAGUGAUCUCGUCCAGGAAUAUACAGUGUGAAAA